UCGUGGUGAAAAUAUGAUAGCUUUCAGUGUUUUUUUUCCGAUAACUGAUAUCCAAAGAUAAGCUUAGGCUCCAUUUGUUACUAAGAUCUGCGCAGUUAUUGUCGCAGUAAGUCUAACAGCAGGCAUGGAUCUAAACACUGUUGGAUGGCCAUGGUACUUUGUAUUAUUUAUACUCUGCUUUUGCCAGCCAUUCAUAUCUAACAGCUCAAGCAUCGAAGAUUUGCAAGCAAUACCUUCCUCAGAAGAAACAGCGAAGAAACUCGAGCGCCAUUUUCUUGGUCAUGAUGAAGAGCUUCCCUUAAAACGCAGCAAAAGACAGCUCUUCAACUACUUUGAUGUGGUGUACAUCAUUGACUCGUCCAGUUCUAUCAGCGAGUUGGAAUUCAAGCGUGGGAUUCGCGCUGUUCAAGAGAUGAUAAGGAAAUCCAAGGCUUCUUCAAAACACGCGCUUAUCACCGUAGCUACACAGGCCAGGCUUGUACUCGAAUUCACGUCACAAGGAAUCGCAGUGAACAAACUGCGCAUGCUCAGACGAACUGGCGGGAAAACGAAUACCCAAGAGGCAUUGCAAGUUUGCCAUGAUAUAUUUGAAAAACCAGGCCGUCAUGGUGGAAGGGAGCUGAGUUUUAAGAGAGUUCUUGUGAUAACAGAUGGGCAGUCGAAUAUCAGACGUAAUAUGACAAUACCUAUUGCGCGCAGACUCAAAGCUCAAGGAAUCGAAGUAUUUGUUAUCGCUGUCGGGGAAUACCUUGAUGGAAUCGAUGAAUUAUCAAAAAUGGCCAGUUCACCGAAUGCGCACAUGUACAGAGUGGAAGAUAUGAGUGGACUGGUACUAGUAGUAAAACUCAUCCCCAAAUCUCUAGAUCAGUGGCGCAAUAAUAUAUUCGGAGGGAGACCUGGUGAUGGUGGUGGAACAGGUUUGGAUGGCUUGGGGAUUUUACAGGAAACUUAAACUGUUUUACUACAGAACUAUUUUAUUGCACGCUAUUUGAUUACAUUAUAGCUAAUGCACUAUCUGMUAGAAAAGCAUAGUAAAUCUUGUAAAAGUUGUAAAAGUAUUUGAUCUAUAAUUGAAGCAUACCAAUAUUUUAUAGUUAGGCAAUUCUCAGAUUGCACGUAACGUCAUCGCGGCUGUGUGAGUGCCACUGACCAAAAGCUUUCUCAUUAGCAUUCACUGCUGUUAACUGAAACAAGAUGGCCGCCUGCUUUUGUCUUUUGACACUCAUGGAAAUUGGGAAUGCUUGCAACCUAGCAAUUCUAGGGAGGGUGCAAGAAGAUUCCUUC